AUGGUUGCUUGUGGGUCUCAAUCACCUAUUGAAAGACAAUUUCAAGUUGAGUACACACAUGCAAAAUUUGAGGAAGUACAGAAUGAGUUUCGGUCUAGGAUGAAUUGUUUCAUCAAAGACACGGUCAAGGACUGUAUUUCUAACAAGUACACGAUCAAAGAAGAGUGCAUGUGGGAUGGAAAAUGUUUCGCCAAAUAUUACGAUGUUCAAUUUGAUCCUCUUACAAAGGAAACAAGUUGCUCUUGUCUACUAUUUGAGUUUAGAUGUAUUAUUCGUAGGCAUUGCCUACUGGUUCUCGGUCAGGAAGAUGUGCAAAAUGUCCCCUNCAAAUACNUGCUCCNUCGUUGGAGUAAAAAUANCAGANGAAAGCACACANUGAUUAGGGCAGGUUACAGUUCUUUGCAUCAGGAACCCAAGAUGCAAAGAUACCAAACGUUGUGUAAGCGGUUCUAUGACAUAGCUGAGGCUGCUUGUGAAUCUCAAUCAGCGUCUAAUGAAUUGGAAAAAGAAUUGAAUUCUCUUGGUAAAAAGUUUGGAGUCAAUACAUCAUUACGAAAUAACAUAGUAAGUGAGGAAGGACAACUCAGGUAUGAAAAUCCAGUUACUGAUAGUCCAUCGUACACCGCAUGUGGAAGUAGUGAUGUACUUGUUCGCAGUCCUGUGGCGGUGAAGCGUAAAGGCCGACCAAGAACUAACAGAUUGAAGUCAAGUGUUGAAACACUAAGCAGAAAAAGGAAAACCACUUCAAGGAAACAUGCUUCAACAAGAACACUUCAACAAAAUGAAACAACUACCUCUACUCUUACACAAUCUGAAGAGGUCCUUCGUUAUUCAAACGAAACGCAACAAGUUUCACAACUAUCUGAAAUGCCUUCACUUGGCUUUAUGUCAUUGUUAUCUGCUGUUCAUAAUAAUUUUGAUAACUCACUUUGA